GGAGGAUGUUGGAAAACAGCUGCAAGGUGGUGAAAGAAGGACUUCUGGAGAAGAGGAGCGAUGGCUUGCUGCAGCUGUGGAAGAAGAAGAGGUGUCUGCUGACCGAGGAAGGUCUUCUCCUCAUCCCACCCAAGCAGCUGGAACAGCAGCCCCAGAGCUCUCCUCCGGAGCCGGCCAGGAUCAAGGAGCUGCACUUCUCCAACAUGAAGACGGUGGAUUGUGUGGAGAGGAAAGGCAAAUAUGUCUAUUUCACCGUGGUUAUGGCAGAGGGCAGGGAGAUUGAUUUUCGGUGCCCGCAGGACGAGGGCUGGAAUGCCGAGAUCACCUUGCAGAUGGUGCAAUAUAAAAACAGACAAGCCAUCCUAGCUGUCAAAUCUACCAGACAGAAACAGCAACACCUUGUCCAACAGCAUGGCCAUCGGAUCAGGAGCACCUCCAACUCAGCGUAGUCCCAGCAUCAGCACCAUCCAUCCAUCCCAUCCCAGGUUGAAAAAAGAUGCACUUUACUUGGUACAAGAAGUCUUUUUUGUAGUUGAAUUCAUCACAUACAUUCAGAGAGUUGGGAAUUACGAUGCUGGAUCAUAGACAUCUCCUGCAGCUUGAAGGUCUGCAGUCAUUCAUGGACCACAGGAUGUCAAAAUGAAAAAUAAGCGAGGACAUAUUGUACUAUUAUUUUUUUGCAAUGUAUUUAUUUCUUCCUCCCUUUUUCAUUGCCACACAUAACUGCCUAAGAGGAAACCUGUCCAACAUAUUACUGCCUACAUCAUAUCUUGCCUGUUUUUUUUUCUGUACUGAAAGUGUUAAUGUUUUAUAACACUGAAGGAGGCACAGGAAAGGCUGCAAUUCCUUUGCCUUCUGUAACAUGGAGGAUGCCAACAUUUUCUGCUGAGCUCCAGACAUAAUGUUAAACCAUAUGAAAAAUGUCUUUUUUACCGUUGAGCAAACUUGCAUGACAGAAUAUCAAGCGUGAUACAAGUCGAGCAGAGGAUGAAAGUCAAACAAGGAGAUCUGAUGGUUCUGUUUGGUCAGGCUGAUAAUUCCCAUUUGAUGUUUUCUGUCUCUGUGUUGUCAGGAGGAUUUGCAAUUUUUAGCCUCCGUCUUUGC